UGUAGUCGAUGUCUCUGGCGCACUGUACGCGACAGAGACAACGCGCCGUACGGACGAGCCAGUGCACUGACAAAACUACAGAACCCAGAUCGAAGCCUAUAUGCGCUUGUAGCGAAGGAUCAACCUGCUGGGUGACUCGAUCCACGCCGGCGACAUCGAAUACAACGUACGAUCUUCACCAUGAGGUGCUACUUGUUCGCGCUAAAUUGAGCAAAACCAGUGGUCCCUUACGCAUGCGAGGAAAGGCUAGGGCGAUGUCAUGCCAGCACGCCGGGUUCCGUGGCGUGUAACCCGAACCUAUUCGACUUGCUGCGACAGCAGCAAGAUGAACGAAGAGUUGGAGUACAGAUACAACGCAUGAUUGCUUACCUCGACUGGACAACA